AUGCGUGCCGAUUUCCGGAGCCAGUUCGGCCCGAACACCGAUCGAAACCGUGUCUCGUCCUACGAUGUACUUCCGGCCGUCGACCGAAUUGAUGGCCCAAUGAUCAACUCGAAGUGGACGUACCACUACUCGUCCAACUACAAGGGUAUCACUGUCAAGACGGUGUUCCGCUAUGUGUCCGUUGCUGGCCCCAUUGCCGGUGCUCUCGGCGUCGCCGCGCUCUUCUACGCCUCGGGCAUCCCGCGGGUACAGAAAGACAUCCUCCAGAAGAUCCCUCUGAUCGGCCCCUACUUUGUCAAGACGACGCACCCUGCCGACUCUCCCUUCUAA